UGUCACACGUCGUCCUCCAGGCACUGUCCCCACAGUGGUCCCCUGGUGGCACCAUCGCUGAUGGGCCCAUCCCCUGGUGGCACCACCCCCAGGUGGCACUGUUUGUGGUAUCAGCAUCCCCUGAUGGCACCAGCCAUGGUGGCACUGUCCUUUGUGAACCCCAUUCCCUGGUCUCGCUACCCUCUGAUGACACUGUCCCCUGUUGGCACCAUAGCUGGUGUCACCACCCCCGUGGUGGCACUGUCCUCUUGUGGCACCACCCACUGAUGGCACUGGCCCUGUUGGCACUGUCUCUUAUGGACCCACAUCCCCUAGUGUCACCACCCCAUGAUGGCACUGUCCCUGUUGGAUCCAUCCAUGCUUGCACCAUCCAUGGUGGCACUGUCCCCUGGUGGCACCACUGCUGGUGUCACCACCCCCUGAUGGCACCAUCCAUGAUGGCACUGUCUCUCGUGGACACACAACCCCUGGUGGCACCAUCCAUGGUGGCACCAUCCCCUGGUGUCACAAGCCAUGGUGGCACCCUCCAAGGUGUCACCACCCUCUGAUGGCACCGUCCCUUGGUGCCACCAUCCAUGGUGGCACUGUCCCUUUUGGACCCAUCCUCUGGUGUCACCCCCCACUGAUGGCCCUGUCCCUGUCCCCAGCCAUGUCCCUAUCCAGCUCCUCAGACCUGGACAGCCCCAGGGAGCAGCGCUGUCCCAAUGUCACCGAUGUCCCCGAGGACCUGGAGGAGCCGAAGGUGUGCGCUGUGUGCGGGGACCGCGCCACCGGGUACCACUUCCAUGUGAUGAGCUGUGAAGGGUGCAAAGGGUUCUUCAGGCGCUCAAUCCUUAAGGCUGUGCACUACACCUGCCCCUUCUCCCAGAGCUGCCCCAUAACCAAGGCCAAGCGCCGGCAAUGCCAGGCGUGCCGCCUCCAGAAGUGCCUCGACGUGGGGAUGAGGAAGGACAUGAUCAUGUCAGAGGAGGCCGUGGGCCGCCGCCGGGCACUGAGGCUGCAGCGGAGGUUGGCAAAGGCACAGCCUGGGGGGCUGACGGAGGAGCAGCAGGAGCUCAUCAGCAUCCUCAUCGCCGCUCACAAACGCACCUUCGACUCCAGCUUCUCCCAGUUCCAGCACUACCAGCCCGCCGUGCGCCUCUGCAUCCCUGACCUGUGCUCCCAGAGCCCACCGAGAUCGGGUGUCCCUUCAGCAUCCCCGGCCCCACAGUUAAACUGUCUGGAUGAGGACGUGCUGCCCGAUGUCUUCUCUGCCUUGCCCCUCUUUGCUGACAUCAGCACCUUCAUGAUCCAGCAGAUCAUCAAAUUCGCCAAGGAGAUCCCAGUGUUCAGAGGGCUGCCCAUCGAAGACCAGAUCUCGCUGCUCAAGGGAGCCGCGUUGGGGAUCAGUGAGAUCCAGUUCAACAUGGUGUUCAAUGAGGAGACCAACGCCUGGGAGUGCGGGCAGCACAGCUUCACCAUCGAAGAUGGAGUUCUGGUGGGUUUCCAGCAGAUCUACCUGGAGCCAGCUCUCAAAUUCCACAUCAACCUGAAGAAGCUGCGGCUGCACGAGGCUGAGUACGUCCUGCUGCUGGCCAUGCUGCUCUUCUCACCAGACCACGCCAGCGUCACCCAGCGAGAUUUCAUUGACCAGCUGCAGGAGAAGGUGGCUCUCACGCUCAAGAGCUACAUCGACCACCAGCACCCCAUGCCAGAGGGCAGGUUCCUCUACGCCAAACUCCUGCUGCUGCUGACGGAGCUGCAGACCCUGAAGAUGGAGAACACACGGCAGAUCCUCCACAUCCAGGACCUCUCCAGCAUGACGCCGCUGCUCUCCGAAAUCAUCAGCUGAAGGACAGCGAGGCGCUGAGCCCCCAUCCCCGCGCACACGCAGGGCUCCAUCGCAC